AUGACCAAUCAUCGUGAGUGGCUUACCGGAUUGAGGGAGUCUAGUGUACCCUUCGUUCUGUUGGGCGAUGAAGGAAAACAGAGUGUGAAGGGGGAAGGAGAGUUGCUGCUCCAGGGAGAGUACGGGGAGCUGAAACUGGAGAAUGUGCUUUUAGUGGAGAAGCUGUCACUGAAUCUGAUCAGCCAAACUCAACUCGACAGCACGGGGUGCAAAACCUUCAGCGACAAGGGGAAGCUGUGGGUUUUCAAUGAGGAUUGGAAGGUGGUUGCAGAAGGGAACAGAAAUCAGGGGUUGUAUGAAAUGAAGCUGAGGAAGAAGGGGCUGGAGGAUGAGAAUGCCACCUACCUGCCAUCACUCGAAGGGGACCUAGCUAGGGAGGAGUUGAAGGCUCGGCUUGGUGGCUUACCUGUGAAGGAGCUGCAGCAGGAAGCUUCAGCCAUGGUGGUUGGGAUGGAGAAGGUGGAAUUGGAGACCUUGCACAGGCGCAUGGGGCAUGCAAGCAUGGAUAGGGUCAAGGAGUUGGUAAAAAAGGGCAUGGUAAAAGGCAGUGUGAGGAGCAUGCUUGCCGACAGUGGGCUGCCACUGAAGUUCUGGGGUGAUGCAUUGGCAAUGGCUUGCUGGUCCAAGAACCGCCUACCUACGAAGGGACUUCAAGCAGAUAUGACUCCCCACGAGGCCUUCUAUGGCAGGAAGCCGAAUCUGGGGUUUGCACGGGUGUGGGGGAGUAUGGUGCAAUACAGAGAGCCAGCUGGUCCGGAUCAUAAGUUGCUGCCCAAGGCUCAUUGGGGGAUUAACCUCGGUACCUGCCCAGUGAGCAAGGGGUGGGUGAUAAAGGAUGUCAUUUCAGGAAAGGUCACGAUCACCCCGGAUGUUGUCUUCUACGAGGAGGUGAACUACCUGCAGUGGAAGGGAAUAGAGAAAGAGAUUGCAGCAGCAGGGACAGCAUCUGCACCGGACAAGGUGGAGGAUCUUUUGGAGGAAAAGGAGAGUGAGGGAGUUGGAGAUGAAGGAGAUGAGGAGCUUGAAGAUGUGGAACGGGCAGAUUCAGUCGAUUGGGUGUGGGAGAAGGUACCAACCAGUGAAGCGGAUGAAACCAAUGGAGUGGAGAUAGCAGGGGAGCAGCCAAGCAAUGAAGUAGCUGAGGGUGGCAAUGAUGAAGUGGCUGAAGAAGAGGGAGAUGAAGAAUCAGCAGCUGAAGGAGAUAGUGAUCCUUGGAAGCUCCUAGAUAGUGAAGACAGCAAUGUCAAGAUGAGAGAGAUAGCGGACCUGCUUAAGGAAGGUGCCAUCAUCAUUGGAAGGGAAGUGAAAUCUGGAGAUGAGAAUGAGAAGGCAAAGGAGGAUCUCAGUGGAGAUGAGGCUGAAUCACCUACAGAGGAGUUGGGGAAAGGAAAGAGGGUGAAGAAACCAAACCCUCGCUACUGA